AUGGACAUUUUUGGGGUCCAGGCAGUUUUGGGAACUGGUAAAAAUUUGGGUUUACCGUAUGUGGUGGGCAGGGAUCGUAAUGCAACUUUCUCCUAUAUCAAAGACCGUGUCUGGAAGAAAAUAAAUUCUUGGAGUAGUAAAUGUUUAUCUAAGGCAGGGCGCGAAGUUAUGAUCAAAUCCGUUCGACAGGCUAUUCUGUUGUAUGUCAUGAGUAUUUUUCAACUGUCGUCCACUCUUAUUGACACUAUUGAAAAGAUGAUGAAUUCUUUUUGGUGGGAUCAUGGUAGAACUACUCAGCGAGGUAUUAACUGGAUGAGGUGGGAGAGGUUAUCUGUUCCUAAGGUCCACGCUGGUAUGGGUUUCAAGAAUCUCUCCGCUUUCAAUUUGGCUAUGCUUGGUAAGCAAGGGUGA